AUGAAUGGGAUACAGGUCGACGAGUUCGCCGCCAAUGGCGCAUCGUCAUCAGCCUCAGCCUCAGCAUCAGGGCCAGGCCCGACACCAGCAGCGGCGGGCCCAGCCUUGCUCCAUCGCUCGCUGCACGCACGCCCCUACCAGGUCACGGCGGCGAAGGGUCUGUACUUGACUCUCUCGGACGGGCGCACCAUCAUGGACGCCUGUGGCGGUGCGGCGGUCGCGUGCCUGGGCCACGGCAACGAGGAGGUGCUGCAGGCGGUCGCGCGCCAGAUGAGCACCGGCGUCAGCUACAUCCACUCGCUGACCUACACGACCGACUCGGCCGAGCAGCUGGCGCACCACCUCAUCGACGGUCCCCAGGGCGCCGGCCGCUUCGGGCUCGAGCGCGCGUACUUUGUCAACUCCGGCAGCGAGGCCAUGGACGCGGCCCUGAAGCUGGCGCGGCAGUACUUUUUCGAGCUGGGCCAGACGACGCCCAGGGGCUCCCGCUCGCACUUUGUGAGCCGGAAGCAGAGCUACCACGGCACCACGGUCGGCGCCAUGAACGUGAGCAGCAACCUCCCCCGCAAAGUCCCUUACGCGUGUUUCCAGUUGGACAACGUCAGCUGGGUCACCCCGGCGUACGCGUACCAGUACUCGGACUGGCGGAGGGGCCAGAGCGAGGAGGAGUUCGCGCAGGCGCUGGUGGACGAGCUGGAUGCGCAUUUCCAAGCGAUCGGGCCCGAGAAGGUCGUCGCGUUCAUCGCCGAGCCCCUCGUCGGCGCCACCAGCGGAUGCACGCCCGCGCCCCGGGGUUACUUCCGGGGCGUGCGGCGGGUCUGCGAUAAGUACGGCGUGCUGCUAAUCCUGGACGAGGUUAUGAGCGGUAUGGGCCGGACGGGGACGCUGUUCGCCUUCGAGCAGGAGGACGUGGUGCCGGACCUGGUCACCGUCGGCAAGGGCCUGGGGGGCGGGUACGCGCCGGUGGCGGGCGUGCUGAUCCACAAGAAGAUCGUCGACGUGCUGCGCGCCGGCUCCAGCAGCUUCAACCACGGCCACACCUACCAGGCGCACCCGGUGGGCUGCGCGGCCGCGCUGGCGGUGCAGCAGAUCCUGCGGCGCGACGGGCUGGUCGAGAACGUCGCGCGGCUGCACCGGGUGGUGUAUGGGUUGCUCGUCGACGCGCUGGGGCCGGCCAAGUACGUGGGCGACAUCCGGGGCCGCGGCCUGUUCUGGGGCAUCGAGUUCGUGCGGGACAAGAGCUCGCGCGAGUCGUUCGCGCCGCACGUCGGCUUCGGCGCUCGCUUCCAGGCCCUCGCCUUUGACCUGGGCGUCGCCGUCUAUCCGGGCUCGAGCACCGUGGACGGCACCCGAGGCGACCAUGCCAUCCUCAGCCCGCCGUACAAUGUGACGGAGGACGAGCUGAGGAAGAUCGUCGACGUGAUGAAGGCUGCGUACGAUCGGCUGGAGAAGGAAGUGGACGGUGAGUCGUGGGGUGACAAUGAUGCUGCUGCCGCUGCUGCCGCCGGCCAUGGACAUGCGAAGCCAUAUUGA